UGGAAGGACCUGUUAUGUGUGCCUCUGUCCUGCUGGGGAGUGGAUGGUACCCAGGACUCAGCCAGAGACCAGCUGAAGACGUUCUUGGAAGCUCUCACCCCAGGAGGUCCCGUCCCGGGUGCUGGGCCUACCAUGGCAUUCCGUAGGACUGAGGGGAUGUCCAUGAUCCAGGCUCUGGCCAUGACUGUGGCUGAAAUACCAGUGUUCCUGUACACGACUUUUGGUCAGUCUGCAUUCUCCCAACUUCGGCUGACACCAGGCCUGAGGAAGGUUCUUUUUGCCACAGCCCUCGGGACUGUGGCCUUGGCCCUGGCUGCCCACCAGCUGAAAAGACGCCCGCGGAAGAAGAAGCAGGUGGGCCCUGAGACGGGAGGUGAGCAGCUGGGCACGGUGCCCGUACCCAUCCUCACGGCCCGCAAGCUCCCUUCGGUGAAGAAAGGCUGCUCCAGCCGGAGGGUUCAGAGCCCCAGCAGCAGGAGCAACGACACUCUGAGUGGCAUCUCCUCCAUCGAGCCCAGCAAGCACUCGGGCUCCUCCCACAGCCUGGCCUCGAUGGUAGUGGUCAAUUCAUCUAGCCCCACAGCUGCGUGCUCAGGUUCUUGGGAAACCAGAGGGAUGGAGGAGACUAUACCCACCACUGAUGGCAGUGCCGAGAGCCUCUAUGUGCAAGGCAUGGAGCUGUUUGAGGAAGCCCUGCAGAAAUGGGAGCAGGCACUGAGUGUGGGUCAGAGAGUGGAUGGAGGCAGCACCCCCACGCCAGGGGACAGCCUCCAGAACCCAGACACCUCAUCAGAAGCACUGUCAGAGCCAGAGUCACAACGAAGGGAGUUUGCCGAGAAGCUUGAAUCCUUGUUGCACCGGGCCUACCACCUGCAGGAAGAGUUUGGCUCCACCUUCCCCUCUGACAGCAUGCUGCUGGACCUUGAGAGGACCCUGAUGCUGCUGACUGAGGGCUCCCUGCGUCUGCGAGCUGAUGAUGAGGACAGCCUGACCUCAGAAGACUCCUUUUUCUCAGCCACUGAGCUCUGUGAGUCCCUGCAGGUUGGAGAGUACCCGCUUCCCCUCUCCAGGCCUGCUGCUGCCUACGAGGAGGCUCUGCAGCUGGUGAAGGAUGGGAAAGUACCUUGCCGAACACUCAGGACAGAGCUGCUGGGCUGCUACAGUGACCAAGACUUCCUGGCCAAGCUGCACUGUGUGCGGCAGGCCUUCGAGGGGCUUCUAGAAGAAAGAAACAACCAGGUCUUCUUCGGGGAGGUCGGCCGGCAGAUGGUGACAGGCCUAAUGACCAAGGCUGAGAAGAGUCCCAAAGGCUUCCUGGAGAGCUAUGAGGAGAUGCUGAGUUACGCCCUGCGGCCUGAGACCUGGGCUACCACCCGGUUGGAGCUGGAGGGCAGAGGGGUGGCAUGCAUGAGCUUCUUUGACAUCGUGCUGGACUUCAUCCUCAUGGAUGCCUUCGAGGACCUAGAGAACCCUCCAUCUUCGGUGCUUGCUGUCCUGCGGAACCGCUGGCUAUCCGACAGCUUCAAAGAAACAGUGGGUGCCCGUCCUUUCCUCUGUGUGUAUGUCCUGGGACCUCGGGCACUCCUCGUCUUAUGCCUGGAGUUCAUUUGUCAGUCCCUGCCCACUGUCCUGUCCCAUCACUGGGACAUCACACCGGGCUCUGCCCAGGCUCUCAGGCACUCCCUGCUGCCCUAG